GCCAGCAUGACAAUUGACAAUACCUAGCGUGUCAUAUUUUUAUGAAAUCAAAACAAAAUUUUAGAUCUACAAACAAAUGUGGUUUUCGAGGAUAAUACAAAUAUUGAACGCAGUAUUGUUCUGUCUAAUACCUAACUUUAAAUAAAUACAAUAGUAAUUUGAUUAUUUAGAAAUAAUAUUUAGUAUAAAGUUACGCAUUAGUACUAAGAAAAGUUAUGUCCGGGGACGGCAGCGGCGGCGGCAGUUCGCAGGUGGCCCUCGUCACAGGGGGCUACGACCACACCAUCAAGCUAUGGCAGGCGCACAGCGGCGUUUGCUUGCGGACCAUGCAGCACCCGGACUCGCAAGUUAAUGCACUAGAAAUCACACCAAAUGGGCAGAUGGUGGCCGCAUGUGGAUACCAGCACAUCCGCAUGUACAACCUGGCAAGUGCCAACCCUGACCCAGUCAUGAACUUUGAGGGAGUCACUAAGAAUGUCACCAGAGUUGGUUUUCAACAAGACGGAAAAUGGAUGUACACUGGUGGUGAGGAUUGUACAGCAAGAAUAUGGGACCCACGAGCCGGUUCACAGUUGACCUGCCAGGGCAUAUUCCAAGUGCCGGCGCCGGUGAACGCCGUGGUGCUGCACCCCGACCAGACCCAGAUCAUGGUCGGCGACCACAGCGGCAUCAUCCACAUGUGGGACCUACGCACUGAUCAGAACGAGCAAUUGAUACCAGAAGCUGAAGCGUCCAUCCAGGACAUAGCCAUCGACCCGGAGGGCAAGAUGAUGGCGGCCGUGAACAACAAGGGCAACUGCUACGUGUGGUCGCUGGGGGGCGCGCCGCCCCGCCCCGUGCCGCGGAAACACAUUCAGGCGCACAAUAAAUACGCGCUGCGGUGCAAGUUCAGCUUGGACUCCACUAUGCUAGUGACGACGUCCGGCGACUGCUCGGCGCGGGUGUGGCGCACCAGCGACUGGUCGCUGCUGCGCGAGCUGCGGCACGACUCGCAGCGCUGGGUGUGGGAUGCCGCCUUCAGCAUUGACUCGCGCUAUCUCUUCACAGGUUCAUCCGAUAGCUACGCGCGUCUCUGGGACGUGGAGAAGGGCACGCUGGAGCGCGAGUACUGCGGCCAUCAGAAACCAAUCACCGCACUCGCCUUCCGCGACCAAGCUGUCUAACGACAAACAACAUCUUCGAUUAAUUAUAAAAUUGUUGAUUUGAAAUUAAGAAAAAUAUUAAGUGACUUUUCGGUGUGAAGUUUUUCUAAUUUGAAUUGUGUAUGUUAUUCGAAGACCUAAACUAAAUUCUACGCGUGCCACAUGAAAGUGUGUAUCUGGCUACUCGUCAGUAUGUCGUAUCAGAUGCCUUUGGGGUUAUUUGAAUACAAUGUAAUAAAUGACAACAGUGUUAACAAUACAUACAUGAUAAGAGAGAACUUAAUUUUUUGUGUUUGCUCAAUAGUAGCACAAGAUCUUGUAUUUCUUAUGCCAUAAAAAAUGUUUCUCUUUAACAAAAAGCUCCCUACUGAUCCAAACUGCAUUUAAAAAAUUCGCAUUUAGUUUCUGAUUUUAGCUAGUUUGUAAUUUAGAUUUUACUCAGUAAUGUAAAUAUUGUAGAUAUGCUUAUACAGAAUAAAUAUAUUGACAUAUUAAAUGCUAAAAAUAUGCUGAGUUGUAAAACAAUAGUAUCAUAUGAAUGAUUCAUUUGCAUUCUUCUAGAAUGCUAUGGUAAUCCAAUCCUCGACGACCAUUUGAUUAGAAAAUAUAAAAUUCAUAAAUGUAUUUUGUAUUUCAGUAACCAAACAAUUAUAAUUUUAAUUGAUUACAUUUUACUUUUUUUUUCUCGUAUUUAAUGUUUGAAUCCGAAAUUAUGACAUUAUUGUUAUGCUCAGACUAAUGAAAAUGCUGUUAUUAGAUGUUCUUUUUAGGGACGAAUCACACAGGUUGAGUUAACCCCAAACUAAUGAACUAAACAAAUGACAUGAGUGGAGUUGUGUUAUGGGGUUCUAACUCAACGAUACUGUAUUUUACAACAUGCAUACCUAUGUACUAGAUAAAUUCAAGACCAAUUUGUAAUAGAUUUUCCAUCUUAUCCAUCGUAACCUGACCUACAGUGUAGCAGUGUCAUGUUAUUAACUAUAAGAAAAAAAUAAUCUGAUUUGACUUGUUGCAAAUAGGCAAAGAUACCGACAAUUUUGAUUUCACAAGUGCUUUAUUUAUCAAUUUAUUGUAAGUAUAUUGUGUUUGCAUUUACUAUGUAAAUGUGAAUAAGAUAAAUGUAAUUUCUAAAGGGGUAAUUUUAUACUACAAUUAAAUCAGUCAUGAAUUUACAA